AUGAAUCGAAUGGUUCAUAUCACAUGGGGUUCCAUCGUUCGGAGCUUGUGUUUAGAUGCAAGACACAGCGACGCCUUGUCCCUUUUUCACCGCUGUUUAAAGGGUUAUGAGGCUUUCAAGCCAGAUUACACUGUCCUUGCUGCCAUUCUCAAGUCUUGUUCUGCCCUUUUGGCUCCCAAAUUGGGGACAUCUCUGCAUAGUUAUGUUGUUAAACAAGGUCAUGUUUUUUGCCAGGUUACCAAUCAAGGGUUGCUCAACAUGUAUAUCAAGUGUGGCAUGCUUGAUGACUGCCUCAGGCUGUUUGAUGAACUCAAUCACUGUGAUCCUGUUACUUGGAAUAUUGUUUUGUCUGGGUUUUCAGGGUCCAACAAAUGUGAUUCUGAUGUGAUGAGAGUGUUUAAGAUGAUGCAUUCCAGUGGAGAGGCUAUGCCGAAUUCAAUUUCCGUUGCUAUUGUCCUUCCUGUUUGUGCUCGUUUAGGGGACCUGGAUGCUGGACUGUGUGUGCAUGGUUAUGUUUUCAAGUCUGGUUUUCAACAAGACACCCUUGGUGGAAAUGCUCUCGUGUCAAUGUAUGCAAAGUGUGGGGUGGUGUCUCGUGAUGCAUAUGCUGUCUUUGAAGAUAUUGUUCACAAAGAUGUUGUUUUGUGGAGUGCAAUGAUUGCGGGCUUAGUUGAGAGUGAAUUAGUGGAGGAUGCAUUCUUGUUGUUCAGUUCAUUGGUGAAAGGGCCUACGAAGUCGAAUUAUGCGACUGUUGCAAAUAUUCUGCCUGUUUGUGCUUCCUAUGAUAAGAGUGUUGCAUACCGGUGUGGCAGGCAGAUCCACUCUUAA